GUUAAAGGGCUUGAACAACAAACAGGAAAUGCCUCACUGGACUGCUGUUGCUGCUGCAAAUGCAGAAGGGGACCAGAAGCAGCAAGAGCAACAGCAUUUUGGAGUUAGCAGAUGUUUUCUGAACAGCAGAAGAGGUCCUGUUGCUAGUCUCCUUGAUAUUCGUCCUGGCUGGGUUCCUUUUGCUGUGCAACAACAGUCUCCUAAGCUCUCCUUCUGAGCAACAUGCCUGGUGUCACUGCCCCAUGCUUGGUCAUAGCAGCUGUGCUGCAUCUCACUCUGUCUUUCAAUGUUGAUGUGAAAGAUACAAUGACCUUCAGUGGCCCAGUGGAAGAUAUGUUUGGAUACACUGUUCAGCAGUUUGAAAAUGAAGAAGGAAAAUGGGUGCUUAUAGGGUCUCCCUUAGAUGGUCAACCCCAGAAGAAAAUGGGUGAUGUGUAUAAAUGCCCUGUGGGCCAAGGCAAUGGUUUGCCAUGUGUAAAAUUAAAUUUGCCAGCUAACACGUCCAUUCCUCAAGUUGCAGAAGUAAAGGAGAACAUGACCCUCGGAUCCACUUUAGUGACCAAUCCCAAAGGAGGCUUUUUGGCAUGUGGGCCUCUUUAUGCUUACAAAUGUGGACGCUUGCAUUACACAACUGGCAUCUGUUCCAAUGUCAGCUCCACUUUUGAGGUUGUCAACUCCAUUGCCCCAUCUGUACAAGAAUGCAAGACUCAGCUGGACAUUGUCAUAGUACUUGAUGGCUCCAACAGUAUUUACCCAUGGGAAAGUGUUACUGAAUUUUUGAACAGUUUGCUGCAAAAUAUGAAUAUAGGCCCCCAACAGACACAGGUUGGGAUUGUUCAGUAUGGAGAAAAUGUAACCCAUGAAUUUAACCUCAAUACAUACACAACUGUAGAAGAUGUGCUUGUUGCAGCAAAGAAGAUUGUUCAGAGGGGAGGACGUCAAACCAUGACAGCUCUUGGAAUUGAUACUGCAAGAAAAGAAGCUUUUACAGAAGCACGUGGUGCACGCCGAGGGGUACAAAAAGUAAUGGUAGUUGUGACUGAUGGAGAAUCUCAUGACGAUUACCGUCUGAGAGAAGUGAUUCAGGAUUGUGAAGAUGAAAAUAUCCAGAGAUUCUCUAUUGCUAUUCUUGGCCAUUAUAACCGAGGGAACCUCAGCACUGACAAAUUAGUUGAAGAAAUCAAAUCAAUUGCCAGUGAGCCAACUGAGAAGCAUUUUUUUAAUGUCUCUGAUGAAUUAGCCCUGGUUACUAUUGUUGAAGCUCUGGGAGAGAGGAUAUUUGCCCUGGAAGCUACCAAAGACAAGCUGGCAGCGUCUUUUGAAAUGGAAAUGUCUCAAGCUGGGUUCAGUGCCCAUUAUUCCCAGGACUGGAUCAUGCUUGGAGCAGUAGGAGCCUAUGACUGGAAUGGAACUGUUGUCAUGUUAAAGGAUAGUGCUUUCCUAAUCCCAAGAAAUGACACAUUUUAUGAUGAAUCUUCAGAAAAAAAUGAGCCCCUUGCAGCUUACCUGGGUUAUACAGUAAAUUCUGCCUCAGUACCAGGAGAUGUGCUGUACAUUGCUGGCCAGCCUCGAUAUAAUCACACUGGUCAAGUAAUCAUAUAUAGAAUGAAAGCGGGAGAUAUAGAAAUACUUCAACGAUUAAAUGGAGAACAAAUUGGAUCCUAUUUUGGGAGUGUUAUUACAACCAUUGACAUUGACAAAGAUACAUUUUCUGAUAUUCUUCUGGUGGGAGCACCUAUGUACAUGGGGACUGAGAAAGAAGAACAAGGCAAAGUGUAUGUUUAUGCUUUGAACAAGAAAACAUUUGAAUAUCAGAUGUCACUUGAGCCUGUAAAGCAAACAUGCUGUUCACAACUAAAGCACAGUGACUGCACAAAUCACAACAAGAAUGAACCUUGUGGGGCUCGCUUUGGAACUUCCAUUGCUUCAGUAAAAGAUCUAAACCUUGAUGGGUUUAAUGAUAUAGUGAUAGGGGCUCCUCUAGAAGAUGAUCAUCGUGGAGCUGUGUAUGUUUACCAUGGCAAUGGAAACAGCAUAAGGAAAGAAUAUGCUCAGCGAAUCGCAUCAGGUGGGGAUGGGGAAAAGAUGAAAUUUUUUGGCCAGUCUAUACAUGGUGAAAUGGAUUUAAAUGGCGAUGGAUUGACAGAUGUCACCAUUGGAGGACUUGGAGGGGCAGCCCUCUUCUGGUCUCGAGAUGUUGCGGAAGUGAAUGCAUCCAUGAAAUUCAUGCCCAACAAAAUUAAUAUCCAGAAAAUAAGCAGUGACAUGCAAAAACAAAGGGUAUUCAUUAAUGCUACAAUUUGCUUUGAAGUCAAAUUAAAAUCAAAGGAAGUCACAGUAAAUGAAACAAAUAUCCAGUAUUGGAUUACACUUGAUGCACAAAGAAAGUUGUCCCGAAGUCUUUUCACAGAAACAUCUGAAAGGAAGAUGCAAAAAAAUAUCACAGUCAAGGGUUCAGAAUGUGUUAAGCACAACUUCUACAUGUUGGACAAGCCUGACUUUCGUGAUUCUAUCAAGAUUCUGUUGGAGUUCAAUUUUUCUGAUCCAGAGAGUGGUCCUAUUCUUGACAGUGCUCUGCCCAACUCAGUAUAUGAAUAUAUCCCUUUUACAAAAGAUUGUGGAAGCAAGAAGAAAUGUAUUACUGAUCUACAGCUGACUGCCAAUGCAACUAUAGGAGGAAACAGUUUUUCACCGUUUAUUGUCAAGUUGAACAGCCUCAAGUUCUGGGUACAAAUGCUUGUUAGGAAUAAAAAAGACAGUGCUUAUAAUACAAGAGUCGUUGUUCAAUAUUCUCCCAAUAUUAUUUUUUCUGGGAUUGAGAAAAUACCAAAAGACAGCUGUGAAUCCGGGCAUAAUAUCACUUGCAAAAUAGGUUACCCAUUCCUAUCAACUGGAGAGGAGAUUUACUUUGAAAUAGCAUUCCAGUUCAAUGUGUCUUAUCUUCUGGAAAAUACUACCAUUCAGUUUUCUGUAACAAGUGACAGUGAUGAACAUGAUGAGACCCUAGAAGACAACAGAGGAAGUAUUGUAAUACCCAUAAAAUAUGAAAGUGGAUUAAUAUUCAAAAGGGAUCCAAGUUCAUAUCACAUCAUUAUUGCUGCAAAUGAACGCACUCCAGAAGUGUUUAAUUCCACUGAAAGUAUUGGAGAUGAAAUUAACUUAAACUAUUUGAUUGAAAGGGGUGAAUAUUUUCCAAUGCCACAGAUUACGUUACAGAUCUCAUUCCCUCACAUGGAUUCAGUAAAAAACCCUAUUCUCUACUUAACAAAGAUAUCAUACUCAGAGACUGUGCAAUGCCAAAGCAGCCAUCCCACCGAUGCAUUAAAGAUUGAUGUUCCUGGCCAUUCCUUUGUGGUGCCAAAAACACAAGAGCCUCUAAAUGAUGCACAAAUAAACUGUGAUUCAUAUGACUGCAUAUCUAUUAACUGUACUGUGGCCCCAUCAGAUGUAACUCACGUAAACAUUUCACUCCGACUUUGGAAACGUACCUUUAUAAAGGCAAGCAUUCACAGUGCAGAGAUCACAGCAAAAGCAUUACUUCAAAGUGAAAAUUCAUCACUGAUAUUGAAAAAAGAAAAUGAAAAAGUAGAGACUAUUAUUAAAAUUUCAAGAGACCUUCCUCCUGGCCAUGUACCAUUAUGGGUUAUUCUGCUGAGUGUAUUUGCAGGACUUCUGAUCCUUAUGUUACUUAUAUUUGCAUUGUGGAAGGCUGGAUUUUUCAACAGGCCCUUAAGAAAGAAAAUGGAGAAAUGAGAAGUCCUCAAAGGGAAACCAGCAGUUCUACAAUGAUCACUCCUCAGGCCUUCGUCAGAAAUAAGACUGUAAAAGAAUUCCUUGCGUGUUGUGGUCACCAGGUUUUCUUCCACAUCAACAGAGAAUAUCUAACACUUAAAGAAAAGAAAACUAACAAAUCAAAGGGAAUGAAAGAGGUAGUACUGGGGAAAAAACAUAUUUUUCUUUCCUUUUGACAUGGGGAGGAAUGAAAGAUCCAUGGUUGUUCUGUGUGUUUUGGAAAGGUUGGGGCUUCUCUUUUGCAAAUAUCCUUUUGAAGUGGAAAUACAAACUACUUUUGAAACUGAGGAGCAUUUUAAAAACAGUUUGGGAUACAGCCAGGGUGGGAUGGGAGUUUUUCUACUGAUGAAAGAAAACAAGUUAAAAAAAAAUCACACCAUCUGACUGCAAGCAGCUUGACCUGUUUAUGGAGGUCUUAACAUAUUAUUACUUUUAAAGCACAACCUUAAUGCUGCCAUCCCAAGUGCAUUUUCAUGGAAGCAUGCUCUAUUGAACUCAAUCUGUGAUGAGUAUGGGAAACUUGCCUUUUAUAAACUUGUCCUUUCACUGAUCCAAGAUAGGGCUACAGGGAUAGAAAUCUCUCAGUUUAUUUCUUGUUUUCAGUAAGUAAAAGUUCAAAACUUGGUACUUGACUAAUCAUGAAUUCCAGGCCUUGGAUAGUCUAUUAGUUUCAGUAACACAUAUGUUUAUUUGGAAAAUAAACCUUCAGAAUGUUAUCAGAAACACUAUGAAAUUUGAUAGAGGCAAAACCAAGGCAGCUUCAGUUUUGCUUUACUGCAGUUGGUAAAGACUUAUUGCUGAGUGGCAGAGCGCAUGUUUUGCAUGCAAAGGGUUCCAGGUUCAGUCCUUGCCACCUGCAGAUAUGGCUAGGAAAUUCCCUGGUCAGAAAUUAAAGAGCUGCUGCUGUGGUGAGAUCAAAGACACAGUGGAUCAAAACACGGUUCACUUUAUGAUAGUUUCCAAUGUUCCUACUACAAUAAGGUACAUAUAUAAAGACUAUAUCAUAAAACAUAAUUCAGUUGAUGUCAACGAUAUAGGUCUUGUUCAUAGAAAGAAUGCAGAUACAAUUUCCUAUUUAUGAAUAGUUUUAUCCACAGAAAAUGCCAAUUUUGUAUUAAAAAAACCACAUUUGUGUAUUUUUCAUUCAGAGUAAAUCUCAAAAUGCACAGAUUUGUACCUAUCUAGAAUUCUAUUCAUCAAGGUUUCCUGACACUCAAGAAAUCCAUUUUUCAACCAUUUUUGAAAUUUUUCAAUUAUUAUUUUCACCAUCCCAUUUGCUAUUUCAGACAAAGAACAAAAUAGCCCAGAAACAUCUGCUUAAGAUUCUAAAUAAAUUACAUUUGCCUGUGAUGUUUAAACUCAAGAGAAUUGUGGUUUCUUUAUGUUACUUUCAGAGAGGACAACCUGGAAGGAAACGAAUUUCAGAACCUGGGUCAUUCUCAAACAAUAGUUUAAAAUAAAUCACAGUUUCCUGAGUGUGAAUGUCACAAAGAAUUGUGGUUAGUUUAAAGUGGAAGUGUGAUCUUCCAAUUUCCUCCUUGUAAAUGUGAAAGUGGAAAAGACAGAGGGCAAACACAAGAACAUGUCUAACUGCAGUUUGCGCACAUAGCAGGAAACAUUUAAAGUAAAGCUUGGGGGAAAAAUACACUUUAGACUGUUUUAGACUGAAUGUUGUAGUCCAGGAAAAAAAAAAAGGCUGAGAUUUUGCAUCAGAAGGAGCAUCCACAAUACCAACGCUCUGUCUCCUGGUGCAAGCCCCCCAAAAUCUACCUUAUAAGCCAGGAAGUGAUACCAGCCUACAAUUUCAAGAUGCUGAGAGGUGAAGUGAAAAAGUGUCCAGUUUUCUCCUGGCAGUGAGGUACUUUAUGACAGGCAACUGCAACAGGCCUUGCAGAGAAUUUCAGUGCUUUGGAAAUCUAUGUUGUUGGCACUUCCUGGCUGCUAGAGUAGGGUUUUUUUUUGGGGGGGGGGGCUUUUUGGUUGUUACAAUGAUGCAAUGACUGUAAAUGUGAAUUCCAAAAUUUAUGAAGUCCUACAUCUGGCUUACGACAUAAGUACUGAACAGCAAGUCAUCUGUCACUUUUAUCAAUUUUUAUCAAGAUCUGAAAUAGGGCACAGUGUUGCUGCAUUGAACAUAUGUGCCUAUCUGAACCGUUAUAAUCAUUUCCCUAUGUCCCUGUAAAAAUAUUCCCAUGACAAUGAAUGGUAUAUAUCGCAAUGGUUUCCUGACCAACACUGUAUCACAAAAUAUGGGUAAUGAUAGUGUUUACUAGAGAUUUCCUGAGCAAUUGUUAAAUAUGAAGAUGCUUAUUAUGGUGGGCAAAGAUAAUAACAUAGUACUCUGAAAAGGACAUGACCAUUGUUGCUUUAUGUCAAUGGUGGGCAGCAGUCAGAGGCUAUGAGGCUGCAGCUUGUCAAAUUCAAUUUUUACAACAGGAAUUUAUCUAGUACUCACUUCCUGUUCAUUUUCUGUAUUUAACAAAGGACUCCCCUGGGCCUAAAAAUGGCAAAAGGGGGCCAAAGUGUGGUGAAAAUACUCUACAGCAUUUUGAGGGGGAUUUGAGGCAACGUUUUUUUAAAAAUGACCCCAGCUGGUGUUGGGGGCUACAGAGAUGGCUGUGAGUCCACACGCAGCAUAUAUGAUACACUUUGCCUGCUUCGAGUAGAAAUUGUGUAGAUCAUUGGUUGUUGGGCCACAGAAACAUAAUUUAGGAAUAGGUAUAAGCACAAUCCUGAAAAGAGAAAGUUUCCCUUUUACAGUUUAAAAUGAGACAUGCAAAUAUUUCUGUUUUAAAAAACAAAAUCCAGCAUUUAAUUCCUUACAUAACUAUAGAUGUUAGGUGUACAUUUCUGGCACUUUCCUUUGCUUUCCCUUGAGUGUUUUGCCUGUACACUAAGGUGAUAUAUGUGCAUGGAGAAAUUGCAUUUCUGUGGUUUCACAGUAGACAGUUGGGUUUGUUUUGGGUUUUUUGCACUCACCUUUUCAAAAAUUCCAAGUGUGUACAAUAUAUACUGGUUCUUGUGAACUCUGGUGCUGGUGUGCAUUUUAAAGACUUAAUGUAAAAAUUUUCUUCAUCAAUCUGCCAACUGAUGUGCACUGAGUGUGUUUGUGUGUUUGUUUCAAAUAGCACCAACCAUUAAGUAGCCUCUUUCCUGUAUUUGUACAAUUACUUAUGUAUAUUGAUACAAUUUGUACAGUUAAAUGGUUCCUUAUAUUUUUGUUGAUUUAAUCAAUUCACUGAGAUUAUAAAAAUGUGCUUGUACAUAAAGGCCACUAUCUUUAUAGAAAAAUAAGCCUGAACCGGUGUGUCUCGCCUGAAUUCCAUUAAAAAUCCCAGCAUUCCUUGCCAUUGGCUGUGCUGACUAGGGCUUCUGGGAGUUGCAGUCCAUCAAUAACUGGUAGACCACACAAGUUCCACUACUGAUCAAAAAAGUCUCUGUAGCCCUGUUGGUAGAGCACUACAGAGUAGGAUCUUUGUUUUUUGUUUCCUGACAGAUAUUGAAUGGUUGACAGAUUUUAAAGAAUUCACAGAUUAUGAAGUUGGCAAGUUUCUGUAGUUGUGCCCAAGAAAGGAAUUUGCAGCAUUAAUUCAUCGCAGUCACAUAGUUUCAUAUGAAUAAACUGUAUAUUUUUUCCUCUGGCA